AUGGUCUACUGUGGAAAGCCCUCAAGGGGCUGCCAGAUGUGCAGGACUCGAAGGAUAAAGUGUGAUGAGACGAAGCCUACGUGUAAUCAAUGUGCCAAGUCACGCCGACAAUGCCCGGGCUACAAGGACGAGUUCGACCUCGUCUUCCGGAACGAAACCAAAGCAACAGAACGAAGGGCUCAAAAGGCGAACCGCAAAGCCCUCGCCCAGAAAGGAAAAGAUUUGGACUCUCCUACUUCCGACAAAAGUAUCUCACCUACCUUCAAGAAGGAAGUCGACUCGCCUGUAGCCGUCAGCCCAGGACUCAAUGUACCUGUUGAGCAGAUGGCUUCUUGUCACUUCGUAGCGAACUACGUCCUCCUACCCCGACAAGGCAGCACUCGCGGAUUUAUGGAGUACCUCUUACCCUUACUCAAACACGACCAAGGGAAUCAUCACCUGCAACACGCUUUUAAUGCGUGUGCUCUUGCCUCGUUAGGCAAUCGACCGAAUGCGGCUGGAACUGGGCUCAGCGACAAGGCAUUGGGCCAUUAUACUAAAGCCCUAGCUGCAACCCAUAUUGCUCUCCAGGAUCCCGACCAAUCCAAGUCUGAUGCCACGUUGGCUUCCGUCCUAAUGCUUGGCCUCUUCGAAAACAUGACGGCCCGCCAGAUGGGCAUGUUUGCCUGGGGUUCACACAUCGAGGGCGCUAUCCAACUCGUCAAGGCUCGAGGGCGCAAGCAGCUGCGGACGAAGACUGGCCUGCUUCUUUUCAUCGCUGUUCGAACUCAAAUGAUUAUUCACACCCUCAGCACAGGAACCGCACCCAUUAUGGGAGUCGAAUGGUGGCUCAGUGACGCCGUAAAGGACGAGUCAGCCGCCCAGUGCCAGAGACUUAACAUCAAGACCGCCGAGCUGCGAGCCGAGGUAACUCGGCUCAUGUCGACCGUGGCCCGAAGCCCCGAGAACAUCGACAUCAUGCUUGAUAUGAUUCGUAGAGCGCAAACUGUUGACCAAGAGUUUGUGAACUGGAUGAGAAACACCCCUGACUAUUUCCAAUACACGACUGUCGCAUGGGAAGACAAUGUCCCUAAUGGAGACUAUACUAAAGCGGAGGUGUUCCCGGGUCGGGUAGAUGUGUAUCAAGAUUUUUGGAUCGCCAGUGUAUGGAAUAUGGCAAGAGUGUCUCGUCUCAUUCUUGCAUCGGUCAUCGUCCGUUGUGCUGCUUGGGUCUGCUCACCCGUGGACUAUCGCACAACCCCCGAAUAUGCAACAGCAGCACGGACGUGCGUGGACACUAUUAGCGAUAUCAUCGCUUCUGUGCCGUAUCAUCUCGGAUGGCAUUUGAAGCGACCCGAGCUUCUUGAGAGGGCGAACAUUUCUGGCUUUGCCUGUGGUCUUGAAGAGGCACAAAAAGGCCUCCCUGGUUAUUUCCUUACUUGGCCAUUGGCAUGUCUGCAUGGCCAGGAUUAUACAACAGAUGCACAAAGAGCUUGGGUGGUUGGACGCUUGAAGUUCAUCGGUGAUGAGCUUGGCGUUAAAUAUGCCCACAUUCUGUCACAGUUGCAAGUCCGUAUUCCAUCGAUGCUUAUUAGAAGGGACGGCUUGAUGGCACAGCCGUAUCCCCAAGCCCACAACUUCGAGAAGCUGCUGUCGGCGAGGUAUGCUCCUCCUACAGCAGGCUAUUCGAUGAACCCUCUUCAGCAACGUGAGGCUAUGCAAAAGGAGUUCGUGGAGAAGCACAAGGCAGAGUUGCUUGCGAAGGCUACCGGAACUGCUGGUCAGGCAGGACAGUGGGUGGCACAGAACUGGCUGACGGUACGAUCUGGACCACAGUGA